UGGGGAGGGAAGGAGAAGAAGAAGAAACUACGCCAUACUUAUCUGAUGAAGAUAUGUUGUUAGAUCGAGGUGAACAGGAACCAACCAGUGCAAGACAACAGAUGGCCCCCCUGGAUGUGACCUCCCCCCUGAUGCUGCAGGGGGGUCCAGACAACACCACUACCCCCCUCGGCACACUACCCAGGACACCCAAGAGGGUAGAUGCAACUACGCCUUCCACAGUGAGCCAACUUGUGGUAUCUGCUGGAGAAAACAAGGUGAUACAACUGCCACAGAACAGUGUCACUCUACACGGCUUCACUGUGCCUGAACCUCCAGAAGGUGUGCAGUAUGUGUAUGAGUGGAGCCUGUUAUCUGGUCCUGAGGAGUACCAGGGAGAGAUGGAGGGACGACACACACAGUCUGUACAUCUCUCACAGUUGACUGCAGGACACUACAUGUUCAUGGUAACAGUCACGGGAGAUGACAAAUACGGGGAGGGGUUUGUCAAUGUGACAGUCCAACCUCCUACUCGUGUGAACACCCCUCCUGUCGCAAUAGUACAGCCCAAACAACAGGAGGUCACCCUGCCUAACACUGCUGCUAUCCUCGACGGAUCUUCGAGUACGGAUGACGAUGCGAUCGUUAGUUACCACUGGGAGGAGGUGAAAGGACCGCUGAGAGAGGAGAAGGCUUCAGGAGAGGAGAGCAUCCUCAGACUGAACCACCUUAUCCCUGGCUCUUAUGUCUUCAAACUGACUGUGACAGACUCAGACGGAGAAACAGACUCCACCACAGCCAACGUCACAGUACAUAAGGAGACAGACUACCCGCCUGUGGCUAAUGCUGGACCUAACCUGGUCAUUCAGAUGCCCCAGAACUCAGUGAUCCUGAACGGCUCCAAGAGUACAGAUGACAAGGGCAUUGUCAGCUAUGAGUGGGUCAAGGAGGUGGAUGCAGUGGCAGACAUGCAGGGUACGAGAUCAUCUAUCCUCCAUGUAUCUAACAUGGAGGUAGGAGACUACACCUUCACUCUCACUCACAUGUGUCUUACAUUCCUCAUACAGGGUACCAGAUCAUCUAUCCUUCAUGUAUCUAACAUGGAGGUAGGAGACUACACCUUCACUCUCACUGUUACUGACGGCUCAGAUCAGCAGGAUGAUGCUUCAGUCACUGUCGUUGUGCAGCCUGAAAACAACCAGCCCCCAGUAGCAGAUGCAGGGCCUGACAAGGAGCUGACAUCACCGGAUGAUACCACUACCCUGGACGGGGGGGACAGCACAGACGAUCAGGGGAUAGUCUCCUAUGAGUGGACUAAGACCAGUGGGCCGUCCUCAGUUGACCUACAGAACACAGACCAGGCCGUUGCCACAGUGACAGGGUUAGUGACAGGCACGUAUGAGUUCACCCUGAAGGUGUGUGAUGAGAAGAACCUGUGCUCCAGGGACUCUGUCACUGUGCAGGUGAAGGAAGAUAUAAACCACAAGCCUCGUGCAGACGCAGGGGGAGACGUGACGUACCAGCUCCCCCAGACCCUGCUGGUUGUGGACGGUUCUCGUUCGACAGACGACCACGGCAUCGUCGACUUUCUCUGGACACGAGACCCACAGAGCCCUGCCGCUGGGGUUGUCCUGAACAGCUCUGACCACAAGGCAGUUCUACAGCUGACUAACCUGGUGGAGGGACGUUACGUGUUCCAUCUGAAGGUGACUGAUGCAAAGGGACUGUUCGACACCGACUCUGCUACGGUCAUUGUCAAGAAAGAUCUGCACAGAGAUGACUUAGUAGAACUGGCUCUGGCUGCAGACAUCACAUCUUUUACUGAGGGGAACAAGGCCAUGUUGGUUCGUCAGCUGGCUGUACUUAUUGAUGUGAUGGAUUCUGACAUCCGAGUACAGGAAAUUAAAGAGGACAUGUCCACUGGCAACAUGAUCGUAGUGUUUGUAGUAAUAAACACGCAGACUGGAGUGGUACAAGAUGGCGGAUCAGUUCUGGCUAAACUCAAACGGAAACUCAAGGCAGGGUCAGAGGUGCUGGACUUCAAGGUGGUACAAGUAGACACAGUCGUUUGUCAGAACAACUGUUCAGGCCACGGUGUGUGUAACUCCUUCACCAAACUGUGCCAAUGUGACAGUUUCUGGGUACAGAACCCCUUCAAGGCUUACUUCGCAGACAAAGUCAGCAACUGUGAUUGGAGCAUACUUUACGUCAUCGUCAUCGCAUUUGGCAUCGUUGUAGGAGUGGGCCUGAUCACAUGGGGGGUGGUCUGUCUGGUCAGGAAUCGAAGGAGAUUCAGAAGAAGCAAGAGACACCGUUACACACUUUUGGAUGAAAUUGACGACAAGGGAGAAAAAAUAGAAAUGUACAGUAGAGACGGAAAGGACCACCGUGUGCCUGUCUCACAGACAGGUGACAAGUCUACAGGCCAAAAGCAAGGUAACAGCUUGGUUAUGUCCGAGUCAGAUGACCUACUCAGCGAUGAAGAGACCACACUUUUCGAAAACAAGAAAAAGCCGAACGGAACGACAAGAAAUGGCAUUAUAACUUCUACGCUUCCCAAGCUAUGAUACACUUGGGGACAACCCAUAAUUUCUCAACUUAUAUAUGCUUCAUUGUGCUCAGGGGUUGGGAAGGGUGUCUAAAGCAAAAAAUAAACUGUGAAGUUUAAAAAGUUAAAUUAAAAUUAUGGUUGGGAAAGGGAGUUUCUACAAUACUACAUAAAUGAUUGUAUAUCUUGAAAAUGUGGGGGAUUAAAGAAAAAGAAUGAGUGUAGAAAUUUGAAGUUAUUAUGGUGGGAAGAAGGAAUUCCUACUUUGUACAUCUAGAAGAUAUU